GAGGGAGGGAGGGAGGAGGCGGAGGAUGACUUCAUGCCGCCGGAGCGCUGAGAAUUUGGGAGCUUCAGCUGGCGCUGGGAUGCGGGGCGCGGAGUGACAGCGUGAGCCGCGGACAUAGACCCCCCGCUCCCGCACUGAGCUGCAGCCGCCCGGGGGCUGGCCGGAGGGGCCCCAACGCAGCAGCAAGGCGCGGGGGAGGACGAUGCACUGAGUCGGUCGCUGGGCAGGUACUGCUAUGUGGAUAUUUGUUAGCAAUGACUGAUGUGGAAUCUACAUAUGCAGAUUUUAUUGCUUCGGGAAGAACUGGUAGAAGAAAUGCAAUACAUGAUAUCCUGGUGUCCUCUACAAGUGGGAACUCUAGUGAACUAUCCCUAAAGUUAUCAGAACUUGAUAUAAACAAAAGAGAAGGUGAAGGAGAUGCACAAAGAAACCCCGCUGAACAAGCUGGGGAGACCCAGGGGGAAGCAGAGAAACAAGAAAGCUGACAUCCAACUUUGAGCGACAGAAGCAGCUGCUGGAUGUUUUCAGACUGCAAGAGUUUACUGGAACAAAUUUGUUUCCAUGAGCAAGCUGGUGGAAAAGAAAAUGGAUGCAUUUCACUGCUGGAACCUGCUCAAUGUAAUGCUAAAAAUGAGGGUGCAGGCUGUGACAGCAGACAGAAUUUGUUCUUCUUCUGUCAUUAGCAAUGGUUGAAACGUUACUAAUCAUGGGACAUUGUCAUUCGAUGGAUCUUUUCAUAACCACUUGAUGGGAAUGCUUGUAGAAAGUAGAACAGAGUAGAUAAUUCUUGUAGCAAAUGGUCUUUGAAGCAUCAGAGGAUUUAAUUGUGUUUUGUGGCAAAGGUUUGAGUGAUCCUCAGAGUUUAAAGUUCUCUGGCCAAAGUGAUCACCUAGUAAAAGAACUAUAUCGAAAGCACUGGUUUUAGAACUCCGCAUCUGUGAUUUAAAGCUCUGUUAUUUACAAUGUUUUGUAUUGUACUACUUAUAAGCUCCAGCCUGCCCUGUCUCAAAUGCUCAUGAAGAAUAUUUCUGUUGUUGUGAAUUUUUCUAUCACUUGUUUGAAAGGGCUGGUUUUUGCAUAAUGUGGUGGUGUGCACAUGACAAAUUAAAAUGUCAACCGCUAAAUUGAUUAUGCCUAAAACUAUUGACUCAUCAGCACUCCAGUUUAUUACUAGAUGAGCCUUCAGAGUGAUUCACUAAUGUGAAUAUUCGCUCAGUUGGGUAUGUUGUGUGUCUGUGGUACAGGUCAGCCACUUGACUGUAGUUAGUUGCAGAUCAGGGAUUCGAGCUGAAUCUUAACAUUUUGUGUUUUCCUUGUAUUUUUUCUGAUUUAUUUUUUUAUUUAAAAAGUCCCAGAGAAAGAUUAAAGUCCAAUCAUUUUAUUAUUGUUUUAGAGCAAAUGUGUAACCUGGAUGGUUUGAAAAACAUUGAUUUGAAAAUAAUGAAGCCAGUGUUGCUGAUGAAGCUAUGGUUCCUGGUAAACCUAGCUCUUGUCUACCUGAGAGAAAUUGACCAGCCUGGCUGUUCCAGAACAACCAUUCUGGAACAGCUCCCUCUGUGGACUUUCGGUUCUGGAAUGAAAGUAAUUUUAUUCCAAAAUAUCUCCCCUGCUUUUCUGAGAUUUAAUUAUUUUGGAAUAAAGUCACUCUGAUUCCAGAAUAUGUCCACCUGGGUAAAUUACUUUGGAAUAUCUUAUCAAAUAAGGUGUUCUGCAAUAGCUAUGAUGGUCAAUUUCCCCUGGGCAAAAAGGCCAUAGAUAUACACUAGUGCUUAGUCUUGAGGCAAUCCCAUGUCUCCCUGAUCCAGGUGAAUGAAAAGGAUGACUGCUACUGUGGCAACUGCAUAACCACCAAUCAGAGUUAAAAAAGAGAAGCUUUUUUUUUUUUUUUUUUUUAAAUUAAGACAGGAUGUCACUUUUUUCCUUUGGUUUCAAAUGUUAUGCACUUUUUAAUGUUUGUAAAUUCUUACUAAUUACUAGUUUGAUUGCUUUCUGGUAUAUUAGUAAUCAGUUAAUGAAACAUUCUCUACUGUUAUGGCCACAGCUGUUUCUACAAUAUGUAUCAUGAUAUUUGUCACAUGAAAUUUUUUGUGAACUGUGUAAACUCUGAUCAGUAUUAUGAGCUCAUUUAUUAGUGUUAAUAAAUAGCAAACCAGCA